AUGGACGCCUCUUCUCCACAGCCAGGGCUUUCCCAUCCCCUGCAUAGCAUCUUGUCAGAGCUUUACCGACGCCCUUACCCCCACGUCCCCAAUCCACCAGGCUGCAAAAAGCGCGCUUCUGUCGCCCUAAUUAUCCGCGUUCGUCCGACUUAUGACUACUGGCCGACUUCGCCCUUCCUUAGUGACCCAUCCCUGUCGGUAGAGGAACGAUUAAACGAGUUUUUCGCACAGUCAUGGGUCCAGCAUGGAGAUCCAGAGGCACUCUUCAUCAAGCGCGCUACCCGAGUCGGCGACCGGUGGACGGGUCAUGUCGCGCUGCCCGGCGGGAAACGAGACCCAGAAGAUGAAGAUGAUCGCGCCGCGGCUAUCAGAGAAGCAUCUGAAGAGAUUGGUUUUGACCUGACCACAGAUGAUUGCAUAUCCGUGGGGAAUCUUCCUGAACGGGUGGUGACGACUAGCUGGGGAUCGCAACCACUAAUGGUUCUCUGUCCCUUUGUCUUUCUCACCACUCGAAGUGACUCCCCGACUCUCAAAUUACAACCUACGGAGGUAGCAUCCACGCACUGGAUUCCCUUGAAAGCACUCCUAUCAUCGUCCCUCCGUACCGUGGAAUAUGUGGAUAUGUCGCAACGGUUUGCUAAACAAAGUGGAUUCUUGGCUCGAAUGGCCGUUCGGUCUCUGAUGGGUUUCAUGCAGUUCUCUGCCGUUAGACUGCUUCCAUCGGAGACCCAGCGAUGUACUUCAGUUCCUGGAUUCGUCCCUGAGGAGACCACACAAACUUCCUUGGUACAAAAAGUAAAAUCAUGGUGUCUCAGCAAUCAAGCAGACUCUGGGGAGACAGAUCGCCCGCUUCUGCUUUGGGGCCUCACCCUCGGCAUCUUGGCCGAUUUUCUGGAUAUGCUUCCUCCCAAUACGGCCGUGCAGAUGUGGAAAUACCCAACCUUCACAGUACCAGAUCUCCGACUCAUUGUUAGUAUUCUGACCUAUAAUCUGCGAAAGCACAAUAUGGAAAAAGUCAAAUUGGGCGCUCGCCCUAGUGACACUGCCUUGGAUGGUGAAACCGCCGCCCUACCAGUCGCCCCGAAGGCUACCACUCACGACCACAAUGAGGUCGGGAUCGGUGGUCUGGGGGUCGGACGCUAUUAUGGGCCUGCUGAUAAAGCCGUUGACGGAACUUCCUACGCGGUGGGUAUCAUGUUACAAGGCUACUAUGACCGUUUACGAGUGGCGAUUUAUGUUUUCCUUGCCUGGCGCAUGACGCUGGGAUCUGCGGCUGCUUUCACUGCCUGGAGAUUUCUUCGCCGACGCUCAUAA